AGUCAAUGUGAAAUAGACGCAACUGAUGCAGGAAAUGGCGCGGGCAGAAUUCUGGCUAUGAGGAUGUGUGUCUGAUUGGUUGGGACGCGGGAGACGGGAGUGCAGGUGCUCGAGGGUGCAUAGUGUGGCAAGGAAAUAAAGCAGUCUGCCUUUACUCAUUUUAGAUCUGCAGGGAGGUGUCUGACCUGAGCAGGCUGCGCGUGACCUUGCUGUCGCCAUGACUGACCCGUUCUUCGGCCUGGAGCUGACUCACUAUGCGCAUAAAUCCGACCUGCGGACCCCGGCGGACGCCGCCCUGCUGUUCGUCCACUGGACACUGGCCUCGUCCGGACUUCAGGCCGAGCAUCCGGCCCCGGACACCUCCAAUCAGAGCCCCAGCUCGGAGCGGCUGCCAGACAAUUGGAGCAGCCAGGACGGCAUCUACGAGCUCACCUACGUUGGCCGCGACCGCUCCCGCUACCUGAUGAAGGCACUGGUGGUGGAGGGCCAGCUGAUCGUCAACAUGAGUAAGAUAGACAGCGACAUCACGGCUGUGUUCAACAAGCCCAUCGCGGAGAUGGCAGGAGAUGACCUGCAAGAUUACGUCUCUGUCUUCAAAGACAUCAAGAACAUCAAGGAUGAGGUGGUGAAGAGUCUGGUGGAGGCGAUGGCGCCGGGCUUCCGCAGCCAGCGGCCGGCCGACGCGGCCCUGGCGCCGACCGGCUCCGCUGCCCGCGAUCGGCAGAGCCGCGAGCCGGCCGCCGACCCUCUGAGGGUGCCCGGCUACGGCAGGGUGGCCGGACAGACCGGGCCGCUGGCGGUGGGCGGGGCCGACCUGGACCCGCUGGGCCGCGGCAUCGGCGGCGGUAUGCUCAUGGACCCCCGCCGGCCGCCCGUCAGCAACCUGCCGCCUGGUGUCCCGCCCGGCGCCCGGUUCGACCCGUUCGGCCCGCCUGGGCUGGGGCCGCGGCCGAGGGGCGGACCCGGACCGCGCGUGCCCGGCGAGCCCGACCCGGACCACCUGCGGAUGCCCGGCUACGACAACAUGUUCAUGUAAACCGGCACGGCCCGUCGGCAAGGCUCGAAUGCGGCAAGGCGUUGGAUCGGAAGACCCCGGAUCACUUGCGUUCUCCAAUAUUGACAUAUCAGUCACCCGGGCGAGACUGCCGGGGCAUGCUUGGCUGCGAGGCGGCGUUGGUGGCUGCGUUAGCCGCCUUUUAACGAGGCUGUUACUGGAUGACAGCCGUGAUCUGUGAGAAUCGCUGAGCAGUCGCACGCGUUUCAGCAAGAGCAGCGUGACGUUUGCUGUGCUGCUCAGCCGUGUGUGCUGUUCUGUUUAGCCGGCCGCAACGCAUGGCUGGCUAGCCGCGGCCUGGGUGUCUGCUGCGGAUCAUGCUGUGAACAUGCGUUUCUCCGCUGCAACCAAGGACAUUUAAACUGGAAUUCCCAGCUGUUCGUGUGCCGAGGGGUGUGACCCAGCAGGUGGCGUGAGCUCUGAACGAGGCUAGAGGUGGUGGCUAGCUGAACACCAGCCACUGACAAGAGUGGGACGCGGCGGCGGGCAGCCUCGUGACCCGCGACCCGAACGUCUGCACUCCGUGUACUCGACUCCGUAACUAUCUGUAACUGUCCGUGGCUACCUGUGACUUUGUGGCUAGGCGCCGUGACCAUGUACCGGUCGCACCCUUCGUGCUGUGAUCACCGCUGCCGUUUGCGCUUGCACUUGCGUGAGCUCAGAUAGCCCACACCCCCGCUUGCGUCGUGCCGGCGCCCACGGCCUAAGAAGCCGUCGGGUGCAGCGUGUUUGCAUCGGUUUCGCCCACCCUUGGCGCCUGUGGGCGACCACGCCGUUCCAAGACGCUUGCACCCGACACUGAUGACUCAGCGGUUUGGGCGAGCGCCGCGUACCGGAGGUGGCCGGCGACAGACAGUGAUUCAGCUGUGAUCCGAUCCCGCCAGUUGUCGUAACAUCCGUGUUCGCGUGCAGUGCCGUGCCGACUCUUACUCGCUCCGGGGCGGCGACGGCCGCGGCUGCACGCGGCGUCUGGCGACCGCGGCACGUCGCGGCGAGUGGUGAUCGUGAGCCCGUCUGACGUCGCUGAUGCGUAGUUCAACGGGCGGCCGCAAUAAAAAGGAGCUGAUG